AUGAGUUGUCUGGUUUACAGGUCCAUCCACAUCGUGGCUCUGGGCAGCGAGUGCCCCGGAGGAAUUGGGCUUGGGGAGGAGAUCAUGGGCCAGGGCCAGCUGCAGGGAGGCCUGCUUUGGAGCUACCUUGGCCAUGGAGCACUGGUGGGACCUUGUGACCUGGAGAGCAGCAUGCACAACCCGGCCUUUAUGGAGUACACCUCACGUGUGUUUGGAGAUGUUCACGUAGUGGUUCGGGACUGCCCCAACUGGGACUUGUUGGACAGCGAUUGGGCCAGUGUACGGAAAGUUCUUGAGCAGGCGGACAUACUGGUCAUUAAAUAUUCAGUCACUGACAAACUGGCCUUCCAGCAAGUCAGGAACAGCUAUGCCCCAAGACUCCGCCCACUCCUGAGGCACUGGGGUGUGCCUGUCAUCCUGGUUGCUGUUGGAGCGCGGCUGAACGAUGAAGGCCCUCCAUGUACGUGCCCGCUGUGUGCGUCUGACUGGAGCAGCUGUGUGCCUCACAGUGAAGGUCUGCAGCUGUCCCGGGACCUGGGGGCCACCUACCUGGAGUUGCCCUCUCUCAACCACGUCUUUGUGGGUCGCUACUUUGGCAGCGUGCUGGAGUACUUCAUGAUUCAGUGUCUGAAACACAAAGCCAAAGAAAGGCCAGAGAAGAGGCGAGGAAAUAAAGUGAACGAGCUUUGUCCCCCUCACUUAGAACAACCAGCACGUCUCCCCCCCAUCCGAGUAGAGGAGUCCAGCUUCUCCCAGGACAUGCAGUGGUUGUUGGAGCGUGGCAUGCAGUUCGCCGAUGUGGCUUUCUACGCCGGGGACUCUGGGAAAGAACUGGGAUGGGCGCACGCGGCUGUGCUGUGUGCUGUCAGUACGUACUUCAGACAGCUGCUUCUGGGACACAAAACCAGGGAACGCCCCCAGUCGCGGUGUGUUUGUAGAGAGCGGGAUGGAGGCCCCCCUUCGCUGCUCUCCACCUGGGACGGGGGGAUUAUUGAUGACAUGCCCCGAUCAGAGGGGCACCUGACAGGACGUCUCUCUCGUCUGGUGGUGAAGGACCCCCUUCUGUGUAUGUGCUUGUGGGAGACACUCAUGUUCAUUUAUAGAGGAGCGUGGGAGUGGGAUCACCUCCAGGAGGCCUUGGAAGAGAAGCUGAAGAAUUCGCUAGCAGUGGCUCAGCUUAUGGAGCGCAUACGAUCCCUCAUCGGCAGAGACAGGGGCCCCAGGGACACCCCAAGUGGCCCGGGCACCGCAGCUUGGCCCCAGACUCUUGUCAACAUCUUCAAUUUCCCUCUGUUUGAUGUCAUCUUCAUGGUGCAAGUGGGGAGUGUAUUGCCAGCCCACCGAGCAGUGCUGGUGGCGCGCUGUGACGUCAUGGCGGCCAUGUUCAGUGGGAAGUAUGCAGAGGCCCGAAGCCGAGUGGUGCCUAUUCACGGUGUCUCCUCAGAUACCUUUCUGUCUUUCCUGGAGUACCUCUACACUGACUCCUGCUGUCCUGCCAGUGUGCUGCAGGCCAUGGCCGUGCUGGUCUGUGCUGAGAUGUACCAGGUGAAACGUCUGCAGCAUCUGUGUGAAGUGUGUGUGUGCGCUUACCUUCAGAGCAUGCCCAGUAGAGAGCUGUCGUCAACGGGUAUCAGCGUGAUUAGACUACUCCGCAGAGCAAAGUGCCACAAUGCAGAGCAGCUGUAUGUCUGGCUCCUUCACUUUAUCGCCAACAACUACCUGAUCUUCAGUCACAAACCUGACUUCCUGGAGCUCUCAGAGGAGGAGCGUGAGCAGGUAGAGAGGCUACGCUGGCCGUCCAGAGGCUACCUGCAGGAGCUCAGCGAGUACCAGCACCGGCGACGCAAGCUACGCAAGUCCCGCUGCAUAGUCAUGUGACCCCGCCUGGAUGCCUAAAACCUGUGAAAAACCGGGGAGGGGGGAGCAAAGGAGGUACAUAAGGAGGAAAAUAAAGACUAAGUGAGACUAGUCAUUAACACAUGGAGAAACAGACAGAAUAAAUUGUUUGUUCUGCUGGAUGAAGGGCUGAUUCUGAGGGACAUAUGACUCCUUCACUAAUAGACAACAGUGUUAAGCAGUGACAUACACUGCUGUGACCCGCCUCUCUUCCCCUGGAGGAACGACUGUGCAUCCUUUGUGUAAUGACUAUUCCAUCAAGCGCAAUACAAAAUGACUGAUCCUUAAAACCCAAUAUGAAUUUAGAAUGACUAGCUGGCCACUGACCAGGGGCUCUGUGAAAGAUUAUAUUUAUAUUGGCCGAUGCAAAAUGGUGGAUUCGACAAUGAACAGUAACACAAAAUGGCUCCAUUACGAGUACAGAUGUGUCAAAUGACCACACAUCUGUUGGGUUCAUGUGCUGUACACGGUUUUAAACUACAGUAAUGUGAUUUCAGUUUGAAAAAGCAGGAAGGAAACUGUGCUGUGUUUUCUUAUUUAAUUGGUACCUGGGGAUGUCUGGGGAUCUUCUGUACGCUGGACACUUGACUGCUCCAUCUUAAAAGGGACAGUUUACCCCAAAAUCCAACAUAUUUCCCUCUUACUUGUAGUGCUAUUCAUUUAUUGCUUUCUUUCUACUGAAAUACACCCACCAACAGUGUCACCAUGCAGAAGGAAGCAUCCUCACGGACAAGAUGCUUGUCCUCCUCGGCUGAGCCAACUAAUACUUAGAACCUAGCUAACCGAUACUGCUAGCUCACCUGAGCUAGCUAAAUCUACAGCUCAGCCAAGUAGGACGCCAUUAAUGUUUACAUGUCACGUGCACGAGCCUCUCGUCCAUAGGUAUGCUUCCUUCUGUGCGGUGAUACAGUUGGUGGGUGUAGUAUGGUAGAAAGAAAAUAGUUCUUACAUGAAACUGCUCACAACCAGGUCUGUGGAUUAUCUUGAAUAACCGGGUCAUGAUUUCUGGAAAGACACAUCGCUGUUGCUGAGUUUUUGGGCGCUUUGAGCACCACAAGCCGAGUGCCACCUAGUUCCAUUUUAUUGGAGAGAAAGCAUCUCUACGGCCGAUAUCUCUAACACUGAGCAACUCACACCAAAAUUCUCUUGACUAGAUUGAUAUAUAGAACAGAGGAAAAAUAUGUUUUUUUAAUUUUGGGGUAAACUGUACCUUUAAAUAAAACCUUGGCUCAUGAUGCAUCUGUGUCCUGUUGGAUUGAAAAAUUGUGACCGUGUGAACAUGCAGCUUUGCUUAAGCUGAAAUAACUUCAGCCUCACACUUCUUUGUGGCCCAAUCAGUAGUUCAGCCGAGCGGUGACCUACAUUACCACUGAGAGCAGCGUGAAAAGCAACUGGUAAUGCUGGUGGACUGGUAGCACAGUCACGCUCAUCUUCUUCUGUAGUCCGUCAGGAACUCAGUUUAGCAGACGAUUCCAUUUAAAGCCUGCGAGCUGAACUUUUACACAAUUUCCUUUGCAGGUUAAUAGAAUAAAAAGAUUUAGGAAAAACAACCAUAUUAUGAGCAUAUGUUGGUACAAAAAAAUAAAACUAUGCCUCUGGGUGGACACAAUAUUUAUUUUAUCCUAACCUUUUUAAAUUUGAAAGGUUGUUUUGAAUCAUAACGAGAUUAUGAUUUAUUGGUGCUGCAAUUAUUUUUUUUACUGUGUGGACAUAAUUAUGACAUGACUUUUUUUUAUACAUUCAUAGUAGAGACAACUGGAUCACACUUUUUUUACAGUCCACUGUUUCACUGGUAUUUACUUAAAAAGGUGCAUGAUUGUAAAAAUAAUGGGGUGCAGAAAGACAACUUAUUUGUCAGAUAAACUGUCAAAAAA